GUCUGUGUUGCAGUAUCCAGGCGGCAGGAUGCAGAGUGCCAUUCAGGUUUUCCAGUGGAGUCCCAGCAAAGGAGCAGCUUUGAAAGACAGCUUCUAAAGAAUAACAAAUAGGAGUUACAGUACCUGAUUUGGGGCUGCUCAUAAUCAAGUGCUGCGCAGCAAGGAAGAUAAUUUUCAAGCGUUAUGAAGGCAGAGAAGGAUUCCGAAGAUGAAGAAAAUACCGUUAGAGAUCCAAGCUAAGUGUAGCCCAGCAUGAAGAUUGUAGAACAGGAAGAGUUGUAAAGAGAAGGACGGAGUCAUUUGUUAGGAGUUUCUCUGAGGGUUUGCUCUGUGAGCCACAGAGAUUUGUAACUUAAUGCGAAGUAGUUUGCUAUUAGCAACAAGAAACUAAAUCCUUUCUAUGAUGAACUGUUGGUUUUCUUGUGCUCCUAAGAACAGACAUGCAGCAGAUUGGAACAAAUAUGAUGACCGAUUGAUGAAAGCAGCAGAAAGGGGAGAUGUGGAAAAAGUGUCCUCAAUCCUUGCAAAAAAAGGUGUGAAUCCCAGCAAACUAGAUGUGGAAGGCAGAUCUGCCUUUCAUGUUGUGGCCUCAAAGGGCAAUCUGGAGUGUCUGAAUGCCAUCCUCAUACAUGGAGUUGAUAUUACGAUCGGUGACACUGCAGGGAGGAAUGCUCUUCAUCUGGCUGCAAAGUAUGGACAUGCAUUGUGUCUACAAAAACUUCUACAGUACAAUUGUCCCACUGAACAUGUAGACCUGCAGGGAAGAACUGCACUUCAUGAUGCAGCCAUGGCAGACUGUCCUUCUAGCAUACAGCUGCUUUGCGACCAUGGGGCCUCAGUGAAUGCCAAAGAUGUAGAUGGGCGGACGCCACUUGUUCUGGCUACUCAGAUGUGUAGGCCAACAAUAUGUCAACUGCUGAUAGAUAGAGGGGCAGACAUUAAUUCCAGAGACAAACAAAACAGGACUGCUCUCAUGCUAGGUUGCGAGUAUGGCUGCAAAGAUGCAGUAGAAGUCUUAAUGAAAAAUGGCGCUGAUGUAACCUUGCUGGAUGCCCUUGGUCAUGAUUGUUUUUACUAUGCAAGAAUUGGCGACAAUCUGGAUAUUCUGACCUUACUGAAGACUGCAUCAGAAAAUACCAACAAAGGGAGAGAACUUUGGAAGAAAGGACCAUCUUUACAACAGCGAAAUUUGACACAGAUAUUCGAUGAAGUAAAUAUGAAGUCAAGUCAGAGGGAGCAUCAGAGCAUUCAGGAUCUAGAAAUUGAAAAUGAGGAUCUGAAAGAGAGGUUGAGAAAAAUUCAGCAAGAACAAAGAAUAUUAUUGGAUAAAGUCAAUGGCUUACAACUACAGCUGAAUGAGGAGGUAAUGGUUGCUGAUGAUCUGAAAAGUGAGAAAGAAAAGCUGAAGUCCCUUUUGGCAGCUAAAGAAAAGCAACAAGAGGAAAGCCUAAGAACUAUUGAAGCUCUGAAAAAUAGAUUCAAGUAUUUUGAGAGUGAUCAUUUAGGAUCAGGAGGUCAUUUUAGUAACCGAAAAGAAGAUAUGCUUCUUACACAAGGUCAGAUGUACAUGACAGACUCACAGUGUACUUCCUCAGGCAUGCCAGCCCAUAUGCAGAGCAGAUCUAUGUUAAGACCUCUGGAGCUAUCCUUACCCAAUCAAACCUCAUAUUCGGAAAACGAGAUUUUGAAAAAAGAGUUAGAAGCAAUGAGAACUUUCUGUGAGUCAGCAAAACAAGACAGGCUCAAGCUCCAAAAUGAGCUGGCGCACAAGGUAGCCGAGUGUAAAGCAUUAGCAUUGGAAUGUGAAAGGGUUAAGGAAGAUUCAGAUGAGCAGAUAAAGCAACUGGAAGACGCCUUGAAAGAUGUGCAGAAGAGAAUGUAUGAGUCAGAAGGUAAAGUAAAGCAAAUGCAGACACACUUUCUUGCCCUGAAAGAACACCUAACAAGCGAAGCAUCUACCGGGAACCACAGACUGAUGGAGGAGCUGAAGGAUCAGCUCAGAGACAUGAAAGUGAAGUAUGAAGGUGCGUCUGCGGAAGUGGGGAAAUUAAGAAACCAAAUCAAACAAAAUGAGAUGUUAGUCGAAGAGUUUAAGAGGGAUGAGGGCAAGCUGAUGGAAGAGAAUAAGCAACUGCAGAAGGAGUUGAGCAUGUGUGAUGUGGAGCGAGAGCAGAGAGUAAGGAAGGUCACUGAGAUGGAAGGCCAGUUAAAGGACUUGUCAGCCAAGCUGGCCCUUUCCAUCUCGGCAGAGAAGUUUGAAAGCAUGAAGAGCUUGUUAUCCAGUGAAGUAAAUGAGAAGGCUAGAAAAUUAGCAGAGAUGGAAGGAGAAUAUGAGAGAUCACUUAGCGAGAUUAGGUCAUUAAAGAGAGAACUUGAGAAUUCGAAGGCCAAACUGGCUCAGCAUGUCAAACCAGAGGAACAUGAGCAGCUCAAGAGCAGAUUAGAGCAAAAAUCAGGAGAACUUGGGAAGAAAAUCACUGAGUUAACAUCGAAAAAUCAGAUGUUACAAAAGGAAAUUGAAAAGGUCCAUCUGGAUAAUAAACUCCUCAAUCAACAAGUACAUAACUUAACAACCGAAAUGAAAAAUCAUUACGUUCCUUUAAAAGUAAGUGAAGAAAUGAAAAAGUCACAUGAUGUAGUUGUUAAUGAUUUGAAUAAAAAGCUUUCAGAUGUGACACACAAAUAUACAGAAAAGAAGUUGGAAAUGGAGAAAUUGGUGAUGGAAAAUGCCAGUUUAAGUAAGAAUGUUAGCCGCCUGGAAACUGUGUUUGUACCUCCUGAGAAACACGAAAAAGAGAUAAUGGCUCUGAAAUCCAGUAUUGCUGAACUUAAGAAACAGCUAGCUGAACUUAAUAAAAAAUGUGAUGAAGAUCAAGAGAAAAUAUAUUCGCUUGUGUCUGAGAACACUAACUUGAAAAAGGCGAUGAGUAAUCAGUAUGUGCCAGUGAAGACCCACGAGGAGAUUAAAACUGCAUUGAGUAGCACAUUGGAUAAAGCCAACAGAGAAUUAGUAGAUGUGAAGAAGAAGUGUGAAAACAUAAAUCAGGAAUUUGUGAAAAUGAAAGAUGAGAAUGAGACAUUAAAGAGAAACCUGGAGAACACUCAGAACCAAGUGAAAGCCGAGUACAUCAGUCUAAGAGAGCACGAGGAAAAGAUGAGUGCUAUGAGGAAGAGCAUGAAAAAGGUCCAGGACAGCAGUGCUGAAAUAUUAGCUAACUACAAAAAAGGCCAGGAGGAGAUCGUAACUCUGCAUGCUGAGAUCGAAGCCCAGAAAAGGGAACUCGACACAAUACAAGAAUGCAUCAAGCUAAAAUAUGCUCCGAUUAUCAGCUUUGAAGAGUGUGAGAGAAAAUUUAAAGCCACCGAGAAAGAAUUAAAAGAACAGUUAUCUGAGCAGACACAAAAGUGCAAUGUCAGUGAAGAAGAGGCCAAGAAAUGCAAGCAAGAGAAUGACAAGUUAAAGAAGGAGAUCUUCACUCUUCAGAAGGACUUAAAGGACAAGAAUGUUCUGGUUGAGAAUUCUCAUGAAACGGAAAGAGCAUUCAGCAGAAAAACAGAAGAGCUGAACAGACAGUUAAAAGACCUACUGCAGAAGUACACAGAGGUAAAGGGUGAAAAAGAGAAGCUAGCGGAGGAAAAUGCCAAGCAAUCUUCUGAGAUCCUUGCAGCGCAGACUCUUUUGCAGAAACAGCACAUGCCGCUGGAACAGGUUGAGGCCCUGAAAAAGUCUCUUAAUAGCACAAUUGAGACACUCAAGGAAGAACUGAAGACUAAGCAAAGGUGUUAUGAGAAAGAGCAGCAGACAGUGACCCAGCUGCGCCAGAUGCUGGAGAAUCAGAAGAACUCGUCUGUGCCCCUGGCAGAGCAUUUGCAAAUUAAGGAAGCAUUUGAGAAAGAAGUUGGAAUCAUAAAAGCUAGCUUGAGAGAAAAGGAAGAAGAAAGCCAAAACAAAACCAAAGAGGUCUCCAGACUCCAGUCUGAGAUUCAGAACACUAAGCAAACAUUAAAAAAACUAGAGACUAGGGAGGUGGUUGAUCUGUCUAAAUAUAAAGCAACAAAAAGUGAUUUGGAGACACAGAUUUCCAACUUAAAUGAAAAAUUGGCCAAUUUGAAUAGGAAGUAUGAGGAAGUAUGUGAGGAGGUUUUGCAUGCCAAAAAGAAGGAGCUGUCUGCAAAAGAUGAGAAGGAAUUGCUCCAUUUCAGCAUUGAACAAGAAAUCAAGGAUCAGCAAGAACGAUGCGAUAAGUCCUUAACAACAAUCACAGAGUUACAGAGAAGAAUACAGGAAUCUGCCAAACAAAUUGAAGCGAAAGAUAAUAAGAUAACUGAACUGCUUAAUGAUGUGGAAAGACUGAAACAGGCGCUCAAUGGCCUUUCCCAGCUCACCUACUCGAGCGGGAGUCCCAGCAAGAGGCAGAGUCAGCUGAUCGAGAGUCUGCAGCACCAGGUCAAGUCCCUGCAACAGCAGCUGGCUGAUGCUGACAGACAGCACCAAGAAGUAAUUGCAAUUUAUCGGACACACCUUCUUAGUGCUGCACAGGGUCACAUGGAUGAAGAUGUGCAGGCGGCUUUACUCCAGAUCAUACAGAUGCGGCAGGGGCUUGUGUGCUAGCGUCAGCACCCACCAGCCGACCAGCUCUCCCUGUGGGUGCUGAGCAUUCUGUGUGCAACUCCAUGGCCUUUCCAGGCCUCACUGUGCGAGUAUAAUUAAAAUAAAGUAUAUUUUGAUCCAUCA